CGGCCAUGGGCGUGGCAGGGCGCUUAGGUGAGCCAGGCAGACCCAGGUUACCUCCACACCCAGGUCCUCCUGCACCUCCAUUUCCUUUUCCCUUGGCGGUGUGUUGUACCGGAUAAUUUCUACUCUAGCUCCCACAAUGGAUGCCCUGAGACUGGCCAAUUCAGCGUUUGCAGUUGACCUGUUCAAACAACUGUGUGUGAAGGAACCAGCGGACAAUGUCCUCUUCUCUCCAAUCUGCCUCUCUACCUCCCUGUCCCUUGCUCAAGUGGGUGCCAAAGGUGAUACAGCAAGUGAAAUUGGACAGGUCUUUCAUUUUGAAAAUGUCAAAGAUGUGCCCUUUGGAUUCCAGACUGUAACAUCGGAUAUCAACAAGCUUAGCUCCUUUUAUGCACUGAAACUCAUCAAACGGCUCUACAUAGACAAAUCCCUGAACCCAUCUAUGGAGUUCAUUAGCUCUACGAAGAGACCUUAUGCAAAGGAAAUGGAAACCGUGGACUUCAGAGACAAGUUGGAAGAAACAAAAGACCAGAUCAACAACUCAGUCAAGGAUCUCACAGAUGGUCACUUCGAGAACAUUCUAAAUGACAGCAGUGUGAGUGACCAGACCAAAAUCCUCGUGGUUAAUGCUGCCUACUUUGUUGGAAAGUGGAUGAAGAAAUUUCCUGACUCAGAGACCAAAGAAUGCCCCUUCCGAGUCAACAAGACGGACACCAAGCCAGUGCAGAUGAUGAACGUGGAGGCCACCUUCUGCCUGGGCCACAUUGACGACAUCAACUGUAAGAUCAUAGAGCUGCCCUUCCAGAACAAGCACCUCAGCAUGCUGGUCCUGCUGCCCAAGGAUGUGGAGGACGAGUCCACCGGCUUGGAGAAGGUGGAGAAACAACUGAACUCAGAGACCCUGUUGCAGUGGACCAACCCCAGCACCAUGGCCAAUGCCAAAGUCAAACUCUCACUGCCCAAAUUUAAGGUGGAAAAGAUGGUCGACCCCAAGGCUAGUCUGGAAAACCUAGGGCUGAAAAAUAUCUUUAAUGAGAAUACGUCUGAUUUCUCUGGAAUGUCAGAGGCCAAGGGUGUGGCGCUGUCCAGCGUCAUUCACAGAGUGUGUUUAGAAAUCACGGAAGAUGGCGGGGAGUCCAUCGAGGUGCCGGGAUCCCGGAUCCUACAGCACAAAGAUGAGUUCAAUGCUGAUCACCCCUUCAUUUACCUCAUCAGGCACAACAAAACCCGAAACAUCAUUUUCUUUGGCAAGUUCUGUUCUCCGUAAAGCCCACGGACUAUUCUGUCAACUCUGCACCCAGAGAAUCACUUACUAACUCCAACUCACUGUUAAUAUUGCUGGAUCAUAAAGUCUGGGUCCGAGUUAUAUGUGGUCUUCAAGCUAAUAGACUCUCUUCUUCCAACUCUUUCUUUUGUCCCCCACCCCUUCCAUAAAAAUACUGACACAUGCUUUCAGUGAAAAAGAAUCAGCUUAGAAGAAAGAUGUGUAAUCACUUUUUGUAAAGCUAUCUAGGGUUGUUGGUAGGGAUAGAAUAUGCCACUGAGAAUAUCCCUGUGAAGAACACUUGGAAAUUUUUUUUUCCCAGGUCUCUGUCUUCUUUCAUGUGGACAGAGAAUGCAUCAGUUACCCUGGUUUUUCUGAAAGACUAAAUAAACUAGAAUCCACAC